AUGGUUAAUCUACGGCGGUUUCUUGAUUCUCCGCCAAGUAUGGCGCCUACGGGUAGAGGCAGGCGAGCGAGCCAUGCUGACAUCAACGAGACGGAUUUCGACACCAACAUGGUAAUCAUACUGGCAGCCUUAUUAUGCGCACUGAUUUGUGCACUUGGGCUCAACUCCAUGGUAAGUUGUGCAUUACGUUGUAGUCGUAGGUACGGGCAGGGGCAAGCAGCAGGAGCCCGGGUAGCUAGCAGCGGAUUGAAAAAGCGCACUGUGAGGAAAAUUCCGGUCACCGUUUACGGAUCAUCAACAGGAGUGAAUUUUGAGGCCAGUGAAUGUCCGAUAUGUCUGGGAGAGUUCUUGGAUGGUGAAAAAGUACGCGUACUUCCUGAUUGUUUACAUAACUUCCAUGUCAAGUGCAUAGACAAAUGGCUGGUGUCACACUCCUCCUGCCCAAAUUGUCGAAACUUGUUGAUCGAUAUUCCAAAUUCAGGUGUCGCUGAUCAAAAUAGAUCAUUUUCCGACAACAACUCCGGCCACCGAAUCAGUGUUGCAGUUGGCGUAUCAUGUUAA